GGAUUCAUGUCAGAGUGGCUUCCCUUCCCAGCUAGGGGAGAGCAUCCAUUGUCAAAAUUGCUAAUAAAGAAUUUUGGCAAAACGAAAUUUCCUCGCGAUAUUUUUUUUCUACGUGAGUUCUCUAGAGCGUUCAGCUUGCCAUUCACAACACAUCAUGUAUGACAUCUUAGUCAUAAAAGAAGGAUACACUAAGCCAAUGAAAAGAGGUUUACUGGAGGCUGGUGGUUCAAUAACCCUUUUAAAAGGUCCCAAAAAUAUUAUUGUGGAUACAGGGAGCCCUUGGGACAAGGAUUUGCUUUUGAGCGGGCUAGCCAGGAGUGGAUUGCUCCCAGAUGAUGUGUCUUUUGCAAUCUGCACUAGUGGGCAAGCAGGAAAAGUUGGAAAUCUGAAUCUCUUUCCCAAGGCAAUGCAUGUAGUUGCUAGUGAGGUGGUUCGUGGAACCUCCUACUUUCUUCAUCGUUUUCGAGAGGGAAUUCCUUUUGAGAUCGAUGACUUUGUCGAGAUCUGGCCUACUCCAGGUCACACUGGAGCUGAUGUAUCUGUUGUUGUCAGAGGCACACAGCUGGGCACUGUUGCAGUGACAGGUGAUCUCUUUGAGCAUCUUGAUGACCUUGAGGAUCCUGAAAUCUGGCAGUCGACUAGUGAGCGGCCUGAACUUCAACAGCAGAGCCGCAUCGACAUUCUUCGGGUGGCUGACUACAUUGUUCCUGGACACGGGCCCAUGUUCAAGGUGCCACUGGAAUUUAGAAAGCAGAUGCGCAUGGUCAUGAUGCAUGAUGAGUACUAUGAGGAAGCUUCUGGGGAAGGAAUAACAUCAACAGUGUCCCAGUCCCAGUGUAUCAUUGUGGAGACAGAAUGAGCUCUCCCUUCUGCUUCGUUAAUUGUGGCCAAAAGACUUCUUUGUUGCAAUACUUUUGCUGAUGAGGCUAAAUGUUUGCACAUAUACUCUAAUGUUCAUUUGCUUGGGUCUGUUCCUUCCUGUCCCCUCAAGUUCUUGCAAAGUAUGUCUUUAUUACAAGAAGCAAAUCCUGGUUAUGUAUAAAGUGAAAAGUUGGUCAUGUUCAAGACUGUUGCCUCAUAAUUUCUGAGAAUAGAAUAAUUAUGUUGAAAUAUUGAUGAGUAAAGUCCAUGGUUUAACCUCAUCUUUGACAAAAGUAUGUGCAUGCCUCCAAUUGUAAGCUUUCUGAUUUUCUGUUUAAAAUACUUAAUAUGAAAUGGCAGAAUGUUCUAAAUGUGAUGUCACUGACAUCAAGAGGAACGUUGAGAUAGCAAGUAACCCCAUAUCAACAAAACAUUCAAGAUUGCUCAACAAUUUGAGCUUCUGCAUAAUUUGAUGUUGCAUUUAUUUACUGGAUAGAUCGAUAUACUUUAGCUUCCUCACCUGAUGUUAAUUAUUGAUAACAUAAAUCAUUUUCCUUUUGAUGUUGCUGGGGCUGAUAGCCAGGUUCUACAUCAUUUUGUGUCUUUGAUAUCCCCUUUAGCUAAUAAAUUCUGAAUGCUGCAUCCCUAACCUCUUUGUUUAGGUGUAAAAAGAGGUGAAAUCUUUCCAUACCUUUUGUUUGAAACAGGGAUGAGCAAUACUUCUAUAGCCCUUUUGCUAGAAACUGGAGGAACAGUUAAUGGUAGCUGAAAAGGCUAAUCUACCACUUUGUAUGCAUCACAGUAAUAAUAAUACAUGCAAAAUUUGUAAAGUGCAUACUCCCACUCCCAAGGAGCAUGAACGUUCAUGCAAGGAGUAUGCUCUUAGUGAAGAAGAACAAGAAUAAAACAUGGGCAGAAAAACAAUAACAUUUCAACUAUUAAAGAGCAAACAACAGUACCAUCGAAGAAUAAAAUCAAAUGCAGAAAACACAAAGAGUAAUCAAAUAGCAAGAACAAGGGCUGAGAGCAACAUGAUAUGGCAAAAGGAAACGAGCAGGGAAGAGUGUGAAAAAGGACUAUCAUGGUGGGAAAGGGUGUUUGGAGUAAUGUUUAUGGAAGAGGUGGGUUUUCAUUGCAUGCUUAAAUGAUUUAAUAGUGGAUAGUUGGCAGAUAUGGAAAGGGCAAGAGUUCCAUUGUUUUGCUGUACAAUAAAAAUCCUGUAGCCACAUGUUGUUCCGGUGACAGGAAGAGUAAGAAGACCAGACGAGUGGAGUUUCUCGCUGGGAGGUAAGGGAAGAGCAGUUCAGAGAAAUAGGAAGAUGUGGAAAGGUUGUUUCAUUGGUAUAGACAUUGAUCAAAAUUGUAAUUAAAGUUUAAAGUAAAGAGAAAUAAUGAUUUCCUACCUCAUUCCAUCAUAAAGCAUUUUCUUGUAAAUCCAAAGGAAGUUAGGUAUCUGCAGUUGCAAAUAGUUUGGACUUGAGUUUAUGUACAAUUUAUAAUCACUAGGCAUUCUGUUCCGACAAAUUUUGGCAGCAAAUGUAGUUCCAGUGUUUACACAUUGCUGUUGCUUAGUCUGGUGCACUUAACCCUACCUCAUGUGUAGAGGAUUACAUCAGAUGCCAGUCCAUGUACUCAUCUUGCCUACAGGUCAUGCAUCUAAAACUCUAAUACUCAUAACAGAGUUGUAUCACAGGUCAAUAAUUCUGUAUCUGAAAUUUUAAUAACAUUUAAUAUUGUGGCUAUUUUUUAAACAUAAAAGAAAGCAAGUCCUGCUCCUUCAAGGUUUUGUGUUUUUAAAGCUACAUAGAUCCUCUACCCCUGCCUAAACCACCAGCAGUUUUACUUUGCAGCUUGUUAUGUCUGCCCCUAGUUGAUUCACAUUUUGUUUAUAAUUAUUAGAUAUCUAAAGUAAUACCUUAGUGACUACAUGCACACCUCAGAGCAGUGUUUUCAGGUGUUAAGCUCUGUAGACCCUGCAUAUGACUAUUGAUGUCGCCAACCUUUGGACACUGUAUGUUAAUUCAAUGGUGGUUCGAAGUGUGUAGUAAAUUGCCAGCGUCCAGUGAGUUGGACUGCUUGGGACGUGUAAUUUACAUGUUAAUACAGUGUGCUCAUAUUAACAUUCGUAUGUAUGUAAUCCAUUCUUGCUAUAGAGGUGUUGUGACACAUGCUUAAGACAGGAAUCAUUACAUUGUGUUGGUAGUGGGGUUGAUAUGAAAACUCUCACUGCCAAUCACCGUGUGCUAUAAGAAUUAAUUUCACAGGUCCAAGCUAAUGCUUCUGAGGCUAUUUUGGGUAGGAAAUGAGUCGUCGCCUUAUUGUUGUAACAUUAUGAUCAGAGAUUUGGGUGGAAUUUAAUUCUAAUUAUGGGCUUACUGUAAGUAUGGAAGCAUUUGUUUGUAAAGCAAUGAAUAUAACACUUGCUCCAAGUAAAUCUCUUAAAAUGUCUAAUAAAGUUUGGUUUGAUGGAA